AUGGCGAUCAAUCGAACCCCCCAAACUCAUUCAAAUGCGGCAACUAUUGAAAUUCCAAAGGAGAAGAAUAUUAACAAUCUCCCCGCACCAUUGACACCGGAAACCAUCGACACACCUAUUUUUCCAAACCAUCCAAGCUCAAGCGCCGUCGGGUCAUCCGGCGAUGAGAAGAAGGUCGAAGAUGGACAACCACCCGAGCGUAGCAAUAACGAGCCCGCCGUCUUAACGGACGGUGCCGCAGCUCAACCACCACCACCCUACAGCGUAUUCAACAUCUGGGAGAAGCGCGCCAUCGUCUUCAUGGUCUCGGUCGCGAGUUUCUUCUCGCCCGUAAGCGCCAACAUCUACUUCCCGGCGCUCAACUCCCUGGCCGAGGAGUACCGCGUCUCGACAACGCUCAUCAACUUGACCAUCACCAUGUACAUGAUCUUCCAAGGCCUGGCACCGUCCUUCACUGGCUCGCUGUCCGACAGCGUCGGCCGCCGGCCCAUCUACGUCCUGUGCUUCGUCAUUUACAUCGGCGCGAACAUUGGGCUGGCCCUGCAGCACUCGUUUGCCGCGCUCAUGGUCCUUCGGUGUCUGCAGAGUUCUGGGAGCAGCGGCACCAUCGCGCUGGGGAAUGCGGUUGUCACGGAUGUGGCCAGCGCCGCGGAACGGGGCUCCUACAUGGGCUACGUUUCUCUCGGGGGUGUGGUCGGUGUCUCGCUCGGGGCGGUCGUGGGCGGCAUCCUCAGUGACUUUUUGGGCUGGCGGUCGAUCUUUUGGUUCUUGGUCAUCUGUGCUGGCGUUGUUGUGUUGUUGAUUGCCUUGUUUCUCCCGGAAACGGCGCGCGCUGUGGUGGGCAAUGGCUCAUCGGAACCUGUGGAAUGGAACCUGUCGCUUUGGGACCUGCUCCCAUCGACCAAGCGCAGACGGGCGUCUGAACUGGCGGCCCAUGGAAGUGCGGGAAUCGCAAAGUCCCGUAGCUUCGUGAACCCGUUUCUAACCCUCAAGAUCUGCGCUGAUAAGGAAGCUGGAAUUGUCCUGCUGGCGAACGGCAUUAUCUUUGCCGGGUACUAUGCGCUUGUCAGUGCCAUCCCCUCACAAUUCGAAAGGCUUUACGGGUUUGACGACCUCCGGAUCGGCCUUUCCUUCAUCCCUGUCGGUGUGAGCGCUGCCAUAUCUGCGAUUGCGGUGGGCUAUGGGGUCGAUUGGAACUUUGCUCGCCACUGCCGGCGGCUGGGGCUUAGUGUCGAUGAGGCCAAGCAGAUGAACCGCGAUUUGGGGAGUUUCCCGAUCGAGAGUGUGCGGUGUGAGAUAGCGCUGCCGUGUCUCGCACUUGCUAGCGUUGCUUUCAUCGUGUAUGGUUGGUUGUUGUCUUACGGGACAAGUGUAGCGGGGCCGUUGGUCAUGUUAUUCUUCGUCGGGUUUGGGGUGAACGGCUUUUUCACUAUCCUCAGUGUUUUGAUGGUGGAUGUGUACCCGCAAGCGCCGGCCACGGCGACAGCAGCCAACAACUUGGUACGGUGCUGGAUUGGGGCAGGCGCAUCGGCUGUUAUUAUUCCGAUGAUCGACGCCAUGACAAGUGGAUGGGCGUACACUUUUAUUGCGCUAGUUUAUCUGCUUAUGGCGCCUUUGUUGUGGGUUGUGAUGCGAUGGGGGCCGAGAUGGAGGGCUGAGCGGAUCGCAAUCGAGAAAGCGCGGGAAGCGAACGACCGAAACGUAGAGCCUUGA